AGUACUUGUUAAAAAAUAGAAGUGAGAUUUGAAUCAUCGCUGAACAUAACCCUACUUGUAUUGAAUUAAAAUAAUUAAAAAUUAAAAUCAUCAGUAUUUAAAUUGGCCAAAUAUUUGUGUUCUUCAUGAAGUGAUUAGAAAUAGCUUUUUGGUGUGCUUACUUUAGUUAAAACUUUUAUAAAAUUAUGGCAAGUGUACCGCCUCCACCACCACUCCCAGUAACAAUGGGUCAAGACUGUAAAUCAGAGAACAGCUUAAUGGGAGAGAGUGGCGAAGAAAGUUGUAACAGAUUUCUCUGUGAUCUUAACUCAUAUGUAAAGAAAACUAUUACCAAAAUUAGACCAAUUGCUCAAACUGGACCAAAUUGUGGUUUAGCUGCCCUUGCCAUGGUGUCCUCGUUAACACCCUAUCCAUUAUCUAUCCCUAUAAUCUUUGAGAAGGCUUGUAUCAGAAGAUUCACAAACCAUGGAGAGAUGUUCUCAGCCCUCAAUAUGAAGAACUUGGCAGAUGAUAUUCUCUCACCUUGGUUUAAAGUGGAUUUGUUCACUGAUGGAUUGGAAGCAAACAAGACACAUGUAAUAGACAGACUACACAAUGGAGAUUUAAUGUUGGUUCCUUAUGAUGCUGAUCACAACCACUCGCCAUGCUGUUCUCGUGGCCAUAAUGCUCAUUGGGCAUUGGUAUGUGGCGUGUUGAUGGCAUGGGACGGUAAGGUGUGUGUGGCGGCACGACAAGGGAAGAGCAAGUAUCUGGCAGUGUGGCCACUGGACACGCUACAACAAAGUAAUGACAAUCUCAUGGAACUUGAUCCAAAAAGAGUUAAAGACGAGAAAGAGUAUGUGAUCCCUGCAGGAGGUGUCAAGGAAGGGCUAGCCUCUACUUUUAUACUGAUAGAAAAAGUGAAAUCAACGUAACUUAUUCAAUUCUUGGUCAUGUUCUUGCUCAUUACUUUUUGGAAAUGUGUAACAUUGUCAAUACAAUAAUAAUGUAUGAUUAAGAUGGGUUUGAGUAAGCCAACGCAAUGAUAUCAGCAAGAAGGUCUUGAUAAUGAAAUGAUAUGAAUAGAAUACAUGCCAGUGAAUUUAUUUUUUAGAAUGGUAUCUAAUUGGAAUAUGAGAUUAAUCUUUUUGGAAAGGUACAUGACGCAAUUUGAAUAUAUAAAUAGCUGACAAACUUCUUAUGUGGUUUUUCAAAUGAAAAAGUUCUAAAUGAUAACAAAAAGUCAGUCGAAAACACUCAUUAGUUGAUAGGAAUGGUCUCAUUUUCAGUGUAGGUGUGUUCUUCUUAUGCAAGGUUCUUCUGAUUAAAAAUCUUUAUGGACCCUUUUCUUGUAAUAUUCUGUGUAGAAUAUUAACGAGAUACUAUUCAUUAAUUCAUGCUAGAUCCUUCAAUUUCUAAAAGAAUAAAAAAUGAGAUAGAAUUUAUUUAUUUUAAAAUAUAUGUUAUUUAAACAUAAGUAAAUGAAUUGUAGUGGAUUUAGUUAAAUCAAAAUUACAUUAUUCAUAUUUUUAUGUUGAUCUUGUAUGAGCCAUAGAAAAGAUCUUAACAUGUGAUAAAUAUUAUAGUGAUAAGACUGAGUGAUAUGUGCUAUACCACUUUGUUGUAUUUUACGUUAAUGAUAAGUAGGUUUUUGAAUAAUACCUUGUUACCUUUGUGAGGUAUAUAUAUAUCCUAACCUAUGUGCCUUAGUGAGUGUGAUAUAAGUAUUUAAUAUUAUUUACGAAGUUGAUAAAUAAAAUGUUACCAAAUACAA